AGCGCGUUAUUACCCCCGCAGGCCGGGUUACCGUUUCCUUUAUUUUGAAUAAUAAAACGGAAACUAUAAAUCCACCACCUUGUCGAAGAUCCACCAGCGGCGAUUUCUCCGGCAACUUCUUCAAUUCCCGGAGAAUCGCCCGAUCUCCUGUAGUCUCAGCAGGAAUACAAGAUGAGCGACGUGUUUGAAGGAUACGAACGCCAAUACUGCGAGCUCUCCGCGAACCUUUCGAGAAAGUGUACGGCAGCUGGUGCCGUCGAUGGAGAGCAAAAGAAACAGAAAGUUUCUGAGAUAAAGUCUGGAAUUGAUGAAGCGGAAUCUUUGAUCCGAAAAAUGGAUCUUGAGGCAAGAAGUUUGCAACCUAAUGUUAAGGCUGUCCUACUUGCCAAGUUGAGGGAAUAUAAAUCAGAUCUGAACAAUCUGAAAAGUGAAGUCAAAAGAAUUGUAUCUGGUAACUUAAAUGCGACUGCCCGAGAUGAGCUGUUGGAAUCAGGCAUGGCAGAUGCACUCACGGCAUCUGCUGAUCAGAGAACAAGAUUAAUGAUGUCAACGGAGAGAUUAGGCAAAUCGGGUGACAGGAUUAAGGAUAGCAGAAGAACCAUGCUGGAAACAGAGGAGCUUGGUGUCUCAAUUCUUCAGGAUUUGCAUUCUCAGAGACAGUCUCUCUUGCAUGCUCAUAACACGCUGCAUGGAGUGGAUGACAACAUAGGAAAGAGCAAGAGGAUUAUGACUGCCAUGUCUAGGAGGAUGAGCAGGAAUAAGUUGAUCAUUGGCUCCAUUGUUGCAGUUCUUGUCAUCGCAAUCAUCUUGAUCUUGUAUUUUAAACUUGCUAAAUGAGUACAUUUUCUCUUGUUGGGCUUCUGGGUGUCCAAGUGACACCAUUUUCGCCUUCUACCGUUCUUGGUUCUUGUGAGCUUGCAAUUGAGUGCUAAGUAAAGAUACUUUGCUGCGCAGUUGACAGUAACAUGUUGAUUUGCUUUUGUUCAUUGUUGGAUGUAUAAUGUGUUCUCAAUUUUUUGUCGGAUGUAAUGUCGGUUCCUCUAUUAUGAUGAGUAAAAAUGGAAUGGAUUAUGAUUAAUCAUAACUUAAA